CGUUCCUGUAAUGAAUUUAACGCCUGCUCGCACGCCAUUACUCGUGCAGUAAUUACUAUUAACGGAAAGUACCCCUGUGAUGUUCUCUCCCCACAGAGGUGUUGUUGAUUAGGAAACGCCUUGAAUUUAGGCACCGAACAUGUUCUCACUACCAUCACGGUCCGCUGACUGUCGUCAACGAUCUUAUACAAACAAGUCACGACCUUGACGAUUGCAACGAUACAACUUAUUAUAGACAACUCUUCUAAUAUGGCUAUGCCUAGAUACAAGUACGCGAUCGGAAAUGCACCGGUUCGCUUUCCGUCUUUGUCUUCACAGAAUACUGAAGGGCAAGAAGGCGGAUCAAAGGUAGCUGAGGAAGCUGUUCAACAAGAAGAUACAAAGACAGAUCCAAUCACCACUACAACAGAAGCCCGGCCAAAGAGAUGGAGCUUCUUGUUUGGCGGAAGUAGUGAGCCAGAGCCAACUUCUAUCAAAAAGACACUUUCUCAUCAAGAUCUUCGAAAAGGAAGUGACAGUAGCACAAUGAGCAGUAAAGAUGAUUCAACCGUGACCAGCAUGCAACGUACUUCUACCUCACAAUCUGAUACUUUGACCAACGAUCGUCAAAGAAGUAAGAGUAUGCAUGCACCGGGAUCCACACUUGCUCCUGUACCCACUGUACCAGACCAUGCAAGACCACAACGUCAAGUACGAUCUUCACUAUAUUCUCCAAGAAUUGAUGGAGAGACUCGUAGAUCAAAGCGUGUUUCUUGGGUUGUGCCAUCAACCAGCACAAGCAGAGAAAGCAGUCGAGCAAAUAGUGUCAGAAGUGGAGUUGAAGCAAAUGAACAAACAGGUCUCUUGGGAGAUAUGUCACAACGUCAAGCUAGUCAACGUCCUUUAUCUGCCACCUUUCGACCAAGCUCGCUGUUUUGGACAGAUAUCGAACGUAGAGGAAGUGAUGGUGGCCAGGCCGGCAAUGAAAGCGGAACAAGUACUCCACGUAUACCUAGCAGAUCUGCUUCACCAGCUCCCAGGAGGUAUGGUGCAACAGAAGAUCAAUCUGUGGAAACACCUGAUGAAGAUGAUCCGUAUGGCUAUCGUGCUUUAGCUGGCCCUGCCUUAUUGCCAACGUUCCAUGAAAGGCAAAAGAGUAAACAAGCAGCUGCUUCACGAUCUUCUUCAACUCUUUCUGCUUUUACGCCUACUUGCUCUUCGACCAGUUGGAUCUCUUUACUGGGAUUAUCGAUCAUUGUCACAGGUCUUUUGUACCUUCUUCUAUAAGCAAAUUUUUCUCUGCACCCUGCUUUCAACAAAGCAUUCUCAAUUCGUUGUAUAAUUCUUUGAAACUAUACCCACUAAGACUCAACUUUAUGCGAUACCAUACCGAUGUAAUGAUAUUUGACCUGCAAUACAUGAGUAGUAUA